AUGACCAAACACGGGUGUCUAAAGGUCAACGUCAUAUUCAACGGGGAAUUCGUAGCGGACGUUAAGACCGACGUGAAGAGUAUCGCUACGCGGAACGAACAGCUUGUCCCAGGGUCCGAUCUGGGCGAGUGGCACGAUAGGCACGUGCGCGACGCGAUUCUAACGCGGUUGGAAGAAUUUCAGGAAGGCGACAGCGGAUGGGCGUUGUCGCGAAUAUUGAACCUAAUCGUGAACGUGAACAAGUGUAAUCCCAUGCGCGUGGGAUGUUGGAUGAAAAUACCGCUGGGUAUAAGACUUAAAAAGGCGGUGGUCAACGUGCUGUCGGAGAACGACGCGUGUUUCGCGCGCGCGGUGGUCGCGGCUCUGUAUCUAAAAAAGAUCGGAAAAUUCGAACGUCAGAACAACGUAUCGAUCAACGUGUUCACAACUCAGGAAGGAAUUGAAAAGAAAGCUAAGUUCGGCCGGGGCGCCGACUACAACGCGAUCGUGCCUCUGCGGUUGACCGACGAUGAGCGGGACAGGCAUGUAAAUCUGCUGUAUCUGCGCGAUACGCUGCGCGGUGUCAACAGGGGCCAUUUCGCCUGGAUAAAGAAUCUAUCGCGAUUGAUGAAUUUGCAAUUGACCGCAAAAUGGUGCGCGAAGCACGUUUGCGAUCGAUGUCUACACUAUUUCUAUACGCGCGACAAGUUGGCCGCCCACAGCGUCGACUGCAGCCGAAUGAACGACUACGCCGAGAGCGACAAGUGGCUGUCUUUCGACAAUUACGACAGAAAGGAGCGACUUCCCUUCGUGGUAUACGCGGAUCUAGAGUGUCUUCUCGAACGACGGGAGAGGGAAAACGUCGAGGGGGGCCCGAGAACGGAAAGAUACGCUUAUCAGCGUCACGUACCGUUCAGCCUGGGCUACUAUCUGUGCUGCAUCUACGACGAUACCGCGUCCGCGUACAGAUAUCGUCGCGGCGAGGAUUGCGUUUCGUGGUUCGUGAACGAGCUUCGCGUUCUCGCGCGUCGCGUUAAGAAUAAAUUUUCCACCAAUAUAGCGAUGGCGGAACUUACGGAGGACGAAAAAAGCGAAUUUCUGCUCGCGACUCAUUGUCACGUGUGCGGGAAACCGUUUCAACCGGAGGACAAGCGCGUGCGGGAUCACUGUCACCUAACCGGACGUUACAGAGGUCCGGCGCAUUCUCGUUGCAAUCUGAAUUACAGAAACGUUUACGUGAUUCACGUGUUCUUUCACAAUUUGUCGGGUUACGACGCGCAUUUCGUCGUCGAGAAAAUCGCGAACGAUUUCGAGGGCGGGGUCGAUCUGCUGCCGCUCACGAAGAAAAGCUACAUAUUUUUCUCGAAGACCGUUAAGGAGACGCAGACGGACGGGAAAUGGGAUCGGUACGUGAAGCUUCGAUUCGUGGACUCGUAUAAAUUUUUAGCGGCGAGUAUCGAAACCCUGGCGUCCUAUCUGAACAGGGACAAGUUGAGAAUCACGCGUUCAGAGUACGCGGAUUUGAGCGCGGAGGAUCUCGAUCUGCUCACUCGCAAGGGUGUGUUUCCGUACGAGUACGUCGACGGCGCGGACAAACUGCGGGAUACCGAGCUUCCGCCGCGCGAGGCCUUUUACAGCUCCCUGACCGACGAGACCGCAAGCGAGAGCGACUACGAGCACGCGACGAGGGUCUGGCAACGUUUUCGCGUGCGAGAUCUCGGCGAGUACAGCGAUCUGUAUCUCAAGACCGACGUGCUUCUUCUGGCGGAUAUAUUUGAAAAUUUUCGGGACGCGUGUUCGGCGAGUUACGGGCUCGAUCCCGCGCAUUACUACACGUUGCCGGGGUACACGUGGGACACCAUGCUGAGGUACACCGGCGUGCGUUUCGAGCUGCUCACCGACAUCGACAUGGUGCUGUUCGUGGAACGCGGAAUACGCGGCGGCCUCAGUCAAUGUUCGCUCAGGUACGCGCAAGCCAACAACAGGCACGUACCGACGCACAACUCGUCCCAGCCCACUACGUAUCUCAUGUAUUACGACGUGAACAAUCUGUACGGCUGGGCUAUAAGCGUUGCCUUACGCGAAUUUCCAGUAGCUCGAUGA